AUGUUAAAGCAAACCAUCCGUUGCAAACGACCACAUUCCAACCAUGAAGGCAGUCUGUGCGAUCCUGAUUGUCCUCGCUCUCGCUACCGCAGCUUCCGCGGAGUCAAUGUUGUACGCCAUGUGCAAAAAUGACAUUGCUUUGCAGGACCGAGAGAAAAAGGAGGGCAUAUGUGGUGCAUGUUUUAAUGAGGAAUUCAAACGGCUAUGUGAUGUAAGUGCCAUCAAAGUCUGAAAUGUUGAGACUUCCAGGAACUCGAGAAGAAGCAAAAAGACCAUUUUCCUGGCGAAUUUGCGAUUGUUCGAGGACUCCUUUCUUGCGGGUAUGCAAAGUGUCAACUAACUGAGGAAUACUGUGAAAGAAACAAGGCCACGUUUGAUAGGUUGUCGCCACAGAAACGGUGA